AAGGAUCCAGCAAACACCCACCUCGCAACGACGCAUUCCAAGAACAGUCGUCGCUGUCCUCCGGUCGCCGUCAGAAAAUACUCCUUGAUCUCCGGCCAUUACCCCCGACCCCCCAACCCCCGGGUUCCCCGCCGACGAAGUACCAGGCAUGGCAUCUCCCUCCUCCUCCUCCUCCGCCGCCUCCUGCUCCUACUACUCGUGCCCCGCACCCCACCACCCGCGCUUCCGGCGAUCCCUCCGGCAGCCGCCUCUCCCGCGGGUGCGUCUCUCCUCGACGCCGUCCUCCAGCCGACCCCCCGCUGUGCAGGAGUGCCAGUUCGGAAGCAUCUCAUCGAGACCCACACGCAGGCGUGGUUCCAUUCAAAUCGCCAAAUCAUUUGAUGAUGAUCUGGGGGAUUUCUCGCUAGUGCAUCAUGACGACGAGGAUGAUGCAUUUGGUGUUGUUUUGUAUUCAAGUGAGAGUGAUUGGAGCGACGAUGAGGUUGUGUUAACUCAAAUUGGGGAUGUUGAGCUGCCAACGAUGAUGACCGAGAGGCGUUUCAAGGGGGCAGAGGGUGCGAUAACUAUUGCUGCCCAUAGGCUCGCCACCAUUGGGAAAGGGCAAAGGAAGAGCAGAACUCAACAAGGGCUGAUGAAUAAUGUUGGGCUGAUUGCUUUCCUAGCAGUGCUACUUUUGUUUGUCGACUGGUGUUCGUGGUGGAUUAUUAGGCUACCUCUGGACUCAUUUUAUUUGACGCGACCUUUUUUAAUAUCAGCAGUUCUAUCCGCAUUAGCUGGGUUUAUUUUUGCACCCAUUGCUGAUAGACUGAAGAUUCAUCAUUUCCGGAGGAGAGGGAAGCCUAUAUUUCCAUCCAAUGGGAAACCAACCCCAGCAAUGGGAGGACUGUUCUUCAUUCCGAUUGGUAUUUUGGUUGCAAGAAGACAUGCUGGUUCUAACUCAAGUGGAGUGAAUGGAGCAGCUAUAAUAACUCUCGUAUUUGCAGUAGUUGGGUUACUUGAUGAUAUUUCAAACCUAGUUGCAGAUCGCAAUCGUAAAAUACCUCAGUGGAUAAGAUUUUUGGUUCAGACUGGUGCUGGGAUCUACUUCUUUAUCUGGUUGGGUUCUGCAAAUAUUUCAACGCCAUACAAAAUGAAAUUUAUUGUUCCUCUACCUCCGCCAUUUGGUCUGGCAUUCAUGGGAAAAUUUUAUUUGGUUCUGGCUACAAUAUGUUCCCUUUCCAUGGGUACUGGAGUAACAUUGGUUGAUGGUCUUGAUGGUUUGGCUGGUGGUGUUUCUGCUUUGGCACUCGUUGGAUUGUCUGUUGCCGCUCUUCCGAUUUGCUCGGAGCUGAGUGUUUUUGGAGCAUCCAUGUCAGGUGCUUGCACUGGCUUUCUUUUACACAACAGAUAUAGGGCCUCGAUAGUGAUGGGUCGAGUUGGAUCUUUUGCACUUGGAGGAGCACUUGCUACAAUUACAGCAUGCAGUGGAAUGUUCAUUCCGAUGCUAAUUGCAUGCAGCCUCUUCUUUCUUGAGCUGCUUGUGGUAAUAUUACAGGUUCCUGUAAGCAUGACUCUGAAGCACAUCCAUGGGACAAGCAGAUCUUUCCAGCGAAUUCUUCCCUCACAUUACUAUCUCAGACUGUGGGGCAUAAAGGAGCCGUAUAUCGUGGCGGGUGCAUACAUCAUGACAUGCUUCUUAACUGUGUUGGCAGGGUACCUUGGACUUGUUUCAGUGUAAAUAGAAAGCAUAGGUUAUCAUUCUUUCAUCACUUCUGUUCCAUUUCUGUAGUGUACUUCUGGAAUCUAGAAAUGGUAGACGCUUCAGCCUUCAGCAUGCCCGAGCCUAUGGUUCACAGAUAUAUUAGAGAUUUACAGAAUUUUGUGUGUGGAGUUUCUGGGACACCUGAAAUGAAACCGUGCAGUAUGGUACCAUGGGUUGUUGUAUCCUCUGGCUUGCAGAGAACUGUAGGUCUGUAGCGUUUUGCAUACUGAACUAUUGUUUCAACUGACGUGUUGUUCAUCUAUCUUUUAAUACAACUCCACCUCCAGAGCA